GCGGAGCGGCGGGGCCGGGCCGGGUCGGGCCGUGCUAUGGCAGCCCUAGAUCCCCAGUCCCCUGCUGGGGCCGGCCUCGCCGGGGAGGAGGCGCUGGAGGAGGAAGAGGAGGAGCCCGAGCCGGAGCCAGGCCCCGAGAACUCCGAGGACUCGGAGAAGGCAGCCCCAGGCUACGGCCUGGGCGGUGGGGCCGGUGGGACGGGAGGGGGCGGGCGCGGCUGCGUGCUGACCCGGCGAGGAAUCACGCUGCGGGUGCUGCUCAAAGAUGCCCUUAUUGAGCCCGGGUCCGGCGUCCUCUCCAUCUACUACCUGGGGAAGAAAUUCAUUGGGGAUCUGCUGCCAGAUGGGAAGAUCACCUGGCAAGAGACUGGCCAGGUCUUCAAUUCACCCAGUGCUUGGGCCACCUAUUGCAAGAAGCUGGUGAACCCAGCCAAGAAGUCAGGCUGUGGUUGGGCCUCAGUCAAAUACAAGGGUCAGAAAUUGGACCAGUACAAGGCCACUUGGCUGAAGCGGCACCAGCCCAACGCUCCCUCUGCUGCAGAGGAGAGCCUGGUCAGCGAGGGUGAGGAGGAAGAACUGUUAGAGGAGGAAGAGGAGGAAGCAGCAGUGGCUCGGGAAGGGAGGAUGCUGACUCCAGCCUCAACCUCAACCCCUGUCCUCUGGGAAGAGAAGGGCCGGAAGCAGCUGGGAAAAGUCCUGACAGAGUCUCCCGACCCAGAGGCUGGACCCCCUGGGAAGCGGCCAGAGAAUAAGGGCAGGGUGCCAGUCCGAUACUGCACCCUGGGCAGCCGAGACUUGGCCAGGAAUCCGCAUACCCUCGUAGAGGUGACAUCCUUCACAGCCAUCAACAAGUUCCAGCCUUUCAACGUGUCCGUGUCUAGCAACGUGCUGCUUUUACUGGACUUCCACAGCCACUUGACGAGGAGUGAGGUCGUGGGCUACCUUGGAGGUCGCUGGGACACCAACAGCCAGUUGCUGACGGUGCUGAGAGCCUUCCCCUGCAGGAGCCGUCUGGGCGAUGCUGACACGGCAGCCGCCAUUGAGGAGGAGAUCUGCCAGAGCCUGUUCCUCCGUGGCCUGUCCCUGGUGGGAUGGUACCACAGUCACCCUUGCAGCCCAGCCCUGCCCUCCCUGCAGGACAUCGACGCCCAGAUGGACUACCAGCUCAAGCUGCAGGGCAGCGGCAACAGCUUCCAGCCCUGCCUUGCCCUGGUGUGCGCCCCUUAUUAUUCGGGAAACCAGGGGCCCGAGUCCAAGAUUUCUCCAUUUUGGGUGAUGCCGCCACCAGAGCAAAGGCCCAAUGACUAUGGGAUCCCCAUGGAAGUAGAGAUGACUUACGUCCAGGAUGGGUUCCUGACCAAUGACAUCCUCCAUGAAAUGAUGUUGCUGGUGGACUUUUACAAAGGAGCCCCAGAUGUGGUCAAGUUUCAAGACCUGUGGAACCAAGAGCAGACCUAUCUGGACAAGCUGAAGGUCUCCUUGGCCAGCAGGACACCAAAGGACCAAGGUCUGUGCCAUGUCUUGGAACAGGUCUACUGUCUCCUUAAGAACAGCAGCUGAGGCCAGAUAGCUUCUGGAUUCUGAUGUACUAAGGGUGGCAGGGGAGAGCCGAUGCCCCACAGCCCAAGGUGGCCAGCCCCUAGCAGGGCUGGCAUCAUCCUUGUACCAUGUGAACUUCUGAGGCAGGAGCUGGUUAUUAUUUUGUACUACUGACCAUUGCCCUCAGGGUGGGAAAGUGGCUACUAAGUGUCUGACUCUAGGGAUGGGGGGUUGGGGGAAUGCCAAGUCUGGAGGAGCCAGACCAGGCUUCUCUGUUUCUCCAGUUCUUUGCUGUGUUGCAUGUCGAGUGUCUGUGCUCUCCCUGCCCUGUUGGCCCUGGGCUGUAGGAUGUAGCGGGUGGGGGGGGGGGGGGGGCGGCACCUCACUUGUUGCUGUGCCACUUCAUUCAGGUGUAACUUAUUUGUGCAAUGGUAGUGUUCAGUCAAUAAAGUGGAAAAAAGAAAAAAAAA